UAACAAUAUAUGUGCUAUUGCGCAUAUGAAAUUCUCAAUCUCGCCGAUACUAGUUUUAAUUCCGUUAAUCUCUUACACGACGUAUGCAUGAUACGUACUCUCUCCUUCUUUUGUUAAUCUCGCGUGUAGUUGUGUUGCGACAAAUCGAUGUAAUUGUCAUUUAUUCAGACGCAUUUAGGUACUGUUACGUACGUACAACAAAGUCGGAGGGAAGGAAGAAGGAUUUGAUAAACGUGUGCUUCCACUCGGCGUACCUGAUGCAGCCCGACCGCGCUGAAGAACUACAACAAAUUUCGCAAUACAUCCCCGGGCCACCGCAAUUGCCGGCCUUAGUCAAGGGGCAGAAAUUGAGGAGCGGUCCAUAUACCAUCACGGUGACCAAUGAGAUGGUGGCGCAGAGAGAGAGAGAGAAUCUGGAGUUGUACAGGGCUUGGAUGGAGGAACAGCGCAGGAGGAACGUGCUGCCUGAGGAGGAUGCCGACGACUACCUAGGUGACUUCAAGCAGGCGAUGAUAAGGAGGAGCUUCGUCCGCAAGGUGUUCUGUAUUGUCACGCUACAGCUGUUGUUUACUACGUGCAUUGUAGCCAUCUUCAUGUUUAUAACAGAGGCCCAGAAAUUUAUGAUACUACACUGGUACUUGUGGAUCGCCGCUUUCUUCUUGUUCGUAAUCACGUACUGUGCUGUGUCCUGGUCCGUGAAAGUCAGACGAACGUCUCCCUACAAUUACAUAUGUUUGUCCCUAUUGACAAUAGGAAUGUCCUACUUGGCCGCUUUCGCCUCCGUCCUCUAUAGCAUCGAGGUGAUCCUCCUCGCUUUGGGCAUGACAGCCGUGGUCACGAUAAUAAUAGUUUUCGUAGCGACAUUCUCCAAGUUCGACUUGACAAUGAGAGCGGGCUUGCUGAUGAUAAUUGGUCUGGUUUCGAUUGUCGCUAUAUUUGCAAUGAUAUUCAUCAUGAUGUUCACGUACAUACCUGCCUUACGUUUGCUAAUUUCGGUCAUUGCAACGCUAAUGUUAUCCCUGUAUCUGUACUUCGACAUACAAGUUAUCAUGGGUGGACGCAGAGUGGAAUUGUCUCCCGACGAGGUCGUCUUCGCAGCUACACAAGUUUACGUCGACAUUGUACUGUUGUAUAAGUACUUAUUAAUAUUCAUGAGCUAUUUCCAUGGUCAAUAACACCGUCUCGAGAUAUAUCACACAUCUAUUCGUACGUAUAUUUACAUUUUUAUUUAUAUUAUCGUGU